AUGUCUACUUCGCACAAUCCUCAAGUCGGUAACGAAAACACUGUAACUUCUAGUGAGACUAUUUCUAAUACGCCCUCUGCGCCUCCAAAUAAUAAUAAUAUUAACGAUCAAUCUUUACAACCUGCUCAAAAUACUACACAAGAACCUGAGUGGUCAUUUUAUUACAGGCCAAGCAACGAUGUUCAAAUUUAUCUCGUUACUUAUAAAGAGUUAACCUUUAAUGAACUCAUAUCUCAAUUAUUGAUUAAUAACUUAUACCUAUCUAGUAACCGUCUUUGCUCAAACAAUCUAUUUGAAUUUUAUUUUCAACAUCCUAACGAUAAAAGAAUUUAUAAAGUUGCUUGUGAAAUGAUUUCACAUUCAAAUAUUGUUCAAUAUUUAAACUUAAAUAUUUAUGGUUUAAGACUAAGCGAACUGCAGCAACAAUCACCCUUGGAUUUUUCUAACAGACACAAAGAAAAUCUUGAGUUCCAUUUGAGACAAUUCCUUACCGAUAAUUUGGUCUCCAACAGUAUUGGUAGUUCUCAUUCGAAUUUGAUUAAUACUUUUCAACCAAAUACAAUAGUUCAAAAUGGGGAUGUUCAACCUCAACAAGGAGGAAGUUCAUUUAAUUCCAACCAGAAUUAA